AUGGAGCUAUCACAGGACAGUAUUAUCGAAGCAAAAGAAGAACUCAUGGUUUCAUCAUUAUCUGGUGGAUACCCAAUUCGCAGAACUGCUUAUUUUAUCAAACCCUGCAUGGAAGGCUCAGCAAAUCCUCCUCAUUACAUGUUCUCUUCUGGAAGAACAGCAACAGUUGCUUCCAACCCCGAAAAGCUGCCACUAGAAGUGAUAUACAGGGGAUGGCAUAAUCCAAAUCAAGAAUGGAAUACAUGGGUUCAACAGAUGCAACAAAAGUAUGAAUAUAUGUGGAUAAGGGCUGGGAUAGACCAUGCUAUCAAAGCUUCUACUUUUCUUAUCUGUAGAAAUGAUGAGUUGAUUCUUGAGCUUGCACCAAGGUGGUGUUCAAAGACUAACACGUUUAUGUUUUCAUGGGUAGAAGCAGCUAUAACCCUGCAGGAUCUGAAUGUGUGUUGGGGUUACUCUGUCAGGGGAGAGCCUUUCUCUAGACCUCUUGUGAGUGAUGAGGAAAAGGAAGUAGAACAAGAGUUGAUUACUGUGUUUAGGAUGUUUUUCAAAUCGAAGGCCAAAAGGGCAGAUCAUAAUCCAUGGAUGAAGUAUUUCAUGAGUAAUGAAAGCAAUGUGGAACAUGAGGCAUUCUUGUGCUGCUGGUUGUCGAGGUUUGUUUUCCCUGGUAGAUCAUAUAACUCCAUUCUGAAAAGUGUUUUUCCUAUUGCCAUACAGUUAGCAAGAGGGACUAAACUAGCUCUUGCACCUGCUGUCUUAGCCAACAUUUACAGGGUUUGA